CGCGGGAAGCCCGAAUAUCGCGGCCGGAGGAAGGAGCAGCUCGGCCGCUUUUGCAAGAAAGUUGCGUCUUUUGCCUUCCCGGCUUCCUUUUUAGUCCACGUUUUUCUUUCUUCGGUGCAACGGCAAAGGACGGGCAUGGUGCGGACCAAGGCGAACUGCGGAGGCACCUCCGGUGCCUAUCGGAAAGUGGUAGCUGCUAGGGCUCCUCGGAAAGCGCUGGUCUCUGGACAGGUGAAUGUCAGUUCAUCUCCUGCAUCAAGGAAAGGGGAAAGUAAGUACGCAGGAGGCAACCCAGUAUGUGUGAGGCCAACUCCAACUUGGCAAAAAGGCAUCGGGGAAUUCUUUAGGCAAACUCCAAAUCGUCGGGAAAAGGAGAACCACAACUCGGAGGAAGAGCCCGGGUGCAGCGAAAUAGGGAAACGGAGAAAGAGGGCACGCCCUUUGCCUCCUUGUCCUGCAGAGCAGGAAGAAUCUGAAGAUGAUCAAAUGUGAGCUAAUCCUGGAUCUGCAAAGCAGAUCUUGCGCUCCGAGAGCAUUGUGUAUAGGCUGUAUAUAUAUUGCAUAUAUUCCGUUUGAAUCAAGUGUUUAUAAGCAUCUGGCAUGCUAUUCUGUUGACUAAAAUAACGUAAAAGUUGGCAGACUAAAAAAAAAAAAAGUCAGGUCAUUGAUACAAUGCUCUUAAUACUUAAAAGUGUUUUAAUGAUUCUUAACUAGUAACUAAAUGCUUCGUAUUAAAUUUGUUUUUGCUUCUUUAAGCACUUAUUAAAGUUCUGUGCCAUACCAGUGUUAAAUAACAUUCUUAUGCUUCUGUACAAAAUCUUGUUGCUAUGCUGGUUUUUUUCUGUAAACUAGAACAUGCUGAACGAAUAAUUAUUUUGGAUUUAAAAGAAAUAAGACCCAAGAAAUGUACUUAAUUGAGUGGCAGAAUAGUAGAAUUUCUACAUUGGCUCUAUGUAAUAGCUUGAAUACGCCAAAUUUGGGUACGAAGGCAACUCGAAGCAUAGAAUUUCUGAUAUUAGAAAUAACAGAUUAACACUUCUAAAGAUUUUCCAGUUUGCUUCCAUCUUUGUUUUAUGGCAUUGAGGGUAGGGUUAAAUUUUUUUCUGAUUAUCCAAUUACUACAUUAUUUGUAAUUGUGGAAUUGGCCUAAUAAAGAUAUAUCAGUUUUACAGAA